UAUUUAGAUGUCAACUGCUCCAGAGAGAUAACGGACAAACAGCUAGCGAGAGCUCUCUGGCGCAGGGAAGUAACACUUCUUUGAUCAAAAGCUCCUCUUAGCCUGAAUAAAGUAAUGAGGUAGAUAGUCGGACAGCUAAUUACACUAACCCUCGAUGUACCAGACUGGCGUCGCCUCAGUGAACAUGGACCAGGAGUUUGAAGACAUAGAUUCAGAGGGCCGGUGGCAAAAACUCUACCUAGAAAUUAGGAAUCAAUCCCACGAGUGCUCCUACAAAGUGGCGAAAUAUCCAGAGAAUCGCAACCGCAACAGAUACAGAGAUGUCAGUCCAUUCGAUCACAGUCGGGUGAAGCUGGAGAGCACAGAAAAUGACUACAUCAACGCAAGUCUGGUAGUGAUGGAGGAAGCCCAGAGAAGUUACAUAUUGACUCAGGGUCCCCUCAGGAACACCUGUGGCCACUUUUGGCUCAUGAUCUGGGAGCAGAAGACCAAAGCAGUCAUCAUGCUCAACAGGGUCAUAGAGAAAGGCUCGGAAAAGUGUGCCCAGUACUGGCCCACGGCUGAGGAGCGAGAGAUGGCCUUCAGAGACACGCGUUUUGUGGUCACGCUGUUGUCAGAAGACACCAAAUCCUACUACACCACCAGAGUGUUGGAGCUGCAGAAUAUUAACACUGGGGAGAAGAGAGACCUCUACCACUUUCAUUACACCACGUGGCCUGAUUUCGGCGUCCCAGAAUCCCCGGCGUCCUUCCUAAACUUCCUCUUCAAGGUGCGGGAGUCGGGUGCGUUGGGCGCGGAUCACGGGCCGGCUGUGGUGCACUGCAGUGCUGGGAUCGGACGCUCAGGGACGUUUUCGUUAGUGGACACAUGUCUGGUCCUGAUGGACAAGAGGAAAGACCCCUCAUCAGUGGACAUCAAAAACAUUCUUUUGGACAUGAGGAAGUACCGCAUGGGCCUGAUCCAGACCCCUGACCAGCUGCGUUUCUCCUAUAUGUCUGUCCUCGAAGGAGCCAAGUACAUCAUGGGAGACUCGUCUGUACAGAAUCAGUGGCGGGAGUUGUCCAGAGAAGACCAGGAGCCGGCAACUGACUCUCCACCCUCAACUCAGCCUCAGGCCAGGUGUCCGACAGAGCGAUACAACGGCAGCCAGCGAGGAGGACAGCCAGAUGAGGGAGGAGACUACAGGCAGGACGGAAAAAUACCCGCACAGUCCCCCUGCAAGGAACAGGAGCUGGACGGCAGCACGGCACACAAGCGACGCAGAGAAGACAGUAUCUCCAAAUCAGGAACACCCAAGACACCCCAAAGCAAGCCCAGGACAAAUGACUCAGAGAAGAAGAGAAAAAGGGCGAAAACCAGUGACUGCUAACCACCUCCGCCUGCAGCCACGCGUGACUACAGCUCUGGCAGCAAAAAGCCAACAUCGGCAGGGAUCUCCAGCUCUCUCCCAACCUCCGUGUCCUCCUUCCUCAACUCCAAACCACUCUUCCUCACCUCCACCUCCAAAACCGCCAACAGCCAGCUCUCCUCUCUUCAUCGUUUUUAUAUUUGGUUCCAGCUUAAUAGCAUUAUCCCGUCGCUGCACACCCUUCUUCUUCUUCUUCUUCUUCUUCUUCUUCUUCCUCCCAUUAGCGGCACGUCACUCCCACAUCCUGGUCCUCCACCCGCAGACCCCUCUCCUCAUUUCUCGUCAACCUCUUCUAAACUGUUUACAGCAGAUACUUCGACAUUCUUUGAAGAGAGCACAUUUGAAGACACAAACACACCAGCGCUUCACCCGCCCCUCUCCCCUCCCCAUCUCCCCCCUCCGGCUACACCUCAAACCACCGCCUGCGCUGCUUUCUGGAGUCAGAAAAUCAGUUUUUUUGAUUUAAUAUUAUUCGCAGCUUCGUCAUUCUAUUAUGCUUCUUUGCAUUCAUGAAAUUAAGACUGAAAAUAGUGGCUAUGCAUUGCCAAUUUGUAAUGCUGUUCAUAUGUGUAUUUUUAGAAAAACUUUUUUCAGAGGCGAAAAAUAAAAAUGUUCUAUUUUUUAUAAGAGAUUACUUGAAGUUUUUCCACAGUUUUUUGGGGGGUUAAAUGAAAAGCACUGCCCCCCUCCCACAUGAGAAAUACAGUGGCAUGUAAUAUUUCCAUGAUGUAAAUAGUGUUCUUUUUAAAAAAAAAAAAAAAAAAAAGUGUGUAAAAAGACAUAUUUUUGCUUGUAAAAACAGACAAUGAGGAAAGAGAGAAAAUGUUACAGAUUUGAAUACAGUAAAAAAAAAAGCUGAUUUGAUGACUUGUUCUCUUUUCAAAUGAAGUUCCUCUUCUCCUAGAGUGUAAUCUAUAAAUAAAACUGGUAUCAUCUAGUUUACAUAACAA